AUGGGGCUUGACAAUGAUACUCGAGGAUGGAUUAUGAGCUGUGUCAGCGGCGUCGCCUGCGCUCUUGGCGCAACUAUCAUCUGCGUGGAUCUAGUUGUUCGAUAUUGUUUUCGGAAGUCGAACUUUCAGAUUGCUGACAGCGACGUAUUCCUCUCGUCUUCAAUGAGCUUGAGUGCAGGUGUCCUGCUCUUCACUUCGCUCUACAGUAUGCUACCGACGUCGAAGAUGUACCUCGUUCGUGCAGGCUACUCUCCUGGAAUGGCUGCAUUUAUGCUGAUAGGAUUAUUUCUCCUUGGAGUGGUCAUUAUUAAGAUCGUGUCUGGCUUCAUUCACCGCCAUAUGCCUUCACACGUGGUUGCUUGCGCUCACACCCACGAAGAAAACGGCAAAGAUGUGGAAGAUUCUGCUGGUUUAUUGAGCUCCGAUGCUCUCACACUCGGAGGAGUGACCAAUGAGCAAACUCCAUUAUUGGCGGCGGAUUCGAGUGUUUCCCAACAUCAACCAGAUCGGGGAGCGCAACAUGUUCACUCAACCAGACCCCGUGCAUCUAUGGUUAAAUCAUUCCUGUCUGGCCCCAUUGGCGGCCUAGUCGGAGUGCGAAAAUCCGUCUGUGACGAAAAUGGGCCGUGCUAUGGUGUCUCUCAAGCCUGCGGUCAAGAGUGUAUGAAAUUCGCCCUGCAGAAAGACUCCGAGACUGUAGAUGGACCCAGCCGGCCUAUUGCUCCUCAACGCCACAGUUUCUCUGGCCCGCUGCACGUUGCGGAUUCGGAACUAGCGGGAACCGACUUGGAAGGUCAAGGAUCCGACAUUUACUCUACUACUAUAGUCAAAGUCACAAGUGAUACCGACGAGACGGGUGAUGUUAUGGAAGCAGCCCGAGGCCACCCCCCAUCGCCUUCUACGAUCACUUAUUCGCAUCCAAAAGAGCAUCACCAUCAUGUUCCUCAGAACGCUUUCCUAUCCAUUGGCUUGCAAACUUCGCUCGCCAUCGCAUUGCAUAAACUGCCUGAAGGUUUCAUCACAUAUGCAACUAACCAUACGAAUCCUACCCUUGGCUGGUCAGUGUUUAUCGCACUCUUUGUGCAUAACAUCACAGAAGGAUUCGCAAUGGCAUUGCCGCUCUAUCUAGCUUUAAAAUCCCGGCUAAAGGCCGUGAUUUGGUCCAGCCUUCUUGGCGGUGUAAGCCAGCCUGCUGGUGCUGGGUUGGCUGCGUUGUGGAUCUGGGGUGCUCGAAAAGCGUAUCCUCACGCUGCAGGAGGCAUGGAAGACGAAGAUGGGGUGUCUUGGGCAGUAUAUGGAGGCAUGUUCGCUGCUACUGCAGGCGUCAUGACAAAUGUCUCCCUGCAAUUGUUCUCGGAAGGACUGGUGCUGUCGCACAAUCAAAACCUUUGUAUUGGGUUUGCUAUUGCUGGAAUGGGCAUACUGGGACUCAGCUUUGCAUUAACCGCUUGA